ACCACUCAGUCACGGCUCAGUAUCGCAUAUAAAAGUCAGAACUUCAGAGGCAUAAACGCGGUUAACCUAGGACGUCGACGCGCUAAAAGGUUUCUUCAACAGGGCCAGCAAAAUGAAGUCUGCCGUAGCUACUAUUCUCGCUGUUUGCUUUGCUGCAGCAACCUGCUCGGCACACGUGCUCUCAGGCAAGCCAACGGUUUCUGUGAGUGCGCAGGCCCAGAAGCUGGCCAAAGAAGCCACGGACGUCGGAAACAUUCUUCUUGAAGUCGCUCAAGGCCUUUCUAAGGACGAAUCGAAGCUGGACAGUGAGUAUUUCCUGAAAGACCUCUUCGUGAAGGCGUCCAACCACAUAAAAGAGGCAGUCAGGAAGAUCAAGAAUGUGAUUCAAGGCACUGCACAAGACAUGAGGGAUACAAUCAAGGAAGGAGCUGACAAGGCAAAGCAGAAGGCGCAGGAGAAGGCUUUCGAAAUACUGGCCAAGAUCAUGGGAGAUUCCAUGGGCAUGUACGCGGCAGAAGACUCACCGGUCGCUUUUCGCAAGGACGUGUGCGCGAAGCUCGAGCGAGUUGGCAGGAAACUUAUCGUGGAGGGUGAGCAGCUCUCAAGGUAUUAGGAAAAGUGAACAAUAACUUCACAUUAAAUAAACGCCUCAAUAAAACAUGAACAAAAACUGUUGAUUA